AUGCCGCCACCUGCUGCUGGUUCUUCUGGCGCUGAGCAACCUGCUUUAUCGUUCUCCGAUUUGCCACUGCCACACCCCUUGGUGAAGCAGAUGAUUGCCCAGUAUGCCAAGCACAUUCGCAAAGAUGGUGUCUACCUGGGCCUUGGGGAUUUGGCACUUUUUGCACGUCAAGAGGAGGUGGCUGUUCUGACGCACCACUGGGUGGAAAAAACCUGGGGCCAGCCCGGCCCAAUUUCGCUGAAUCAGAGGCUGCAGAACGUCACUGGUGACACUUCUGAGUUUGUUGAUGGAUCUCAUUCUUCCAAGACAUGGGUGGUCUCUUUCACCAGUUCCACCUUUGCUCGGGGGUCAUUUUUCUCGUUGAAUCAUGCGAUGCCUUUAUUGCACAAAGAGCAAAUUGGCGAUGAGUGGGAGAAGGUCACGUCAGCGACCAUGACCAAGAUGAAGGGCAAGCUCACAAAAGUCAAGAAGAAGCUUGAGGCCUGGAGUGAGGACUCUGAGGAUGAGGCACUUCAUGAGUCCAUGGUGAUGCGGCUUGAGUUCCUCGAGCAGAAGAAUCUCUUCUACCAGGCUUUGAUCAGUGACGGCUACUUUCCAGUUGAUGUUCCUGGAGAUGGAAAUUGUCUGUUGUGGAGUAUGGCUUGCCUCAGAUUGGGUCCUGGCUCUCUCAAAAAGGGGCCCGGUGAGAAGGAGAUCGCACAGAUGCGCAAGGCAUUGGCCACACUAUGGGAGCGCAAGUCCGAUGAGGUGUUGUGCCAGAAGCUGUUCUUGUCCUUAGGGAUGCAGGAUGAGCUUCCCAAGAACAUCUUGGAGGCGUGCAAAGUGCAAUUGCAAGCUCUUGUUGGUGGUUCGGCCUCCGGUCCCUCAACACCGCCACGUGCAUCAAAUAAGCGGCCACCAGGUGAACUGACAGAUGAAAUGACCCCCGAGAAGCCAGGUACCCUUCCAAAACGUGUGGCUUCUUCUCGAGCGGCAUCCUUUGGAAAGCCACCAAGCACAGAGACAUCACUCUUGCCUGCCAAGAGGAAGGAUGCCCCAGCCUCUGAUGCUGCAGACCGCGACCCUGAGGAUUCUUUCACAUUUGGUGCAGACCUCGGCCCUGAUGAUUCCUUCAAGAUUGAUUCAGAUGAUGAGAAGGACAAGUGGAGAAGUUGCAAGUCCAAGACCAAAUCCGUGAGUGAGAAGAAGAUUCAGGCUGUGGGAGCUUACUUUACCACGAUUGGACUGGAUUGGCCUCUUUACCAACGUGAGCAUCAUAGGCAUGCACCAAUGAAGAAGAUCACCAACUGCAAGAAUGGUGGCUUCAGGAGCUUGAAGGUGAAACUCCUUGAUCCAGAGGCAAAGCUGGAGUGCACGAUUUGCGCUCAGAUGCUCGAAGCCUGCAAGUUUGACGAGGUUCAGAUGGACAGGGUCAUCACUGAAUGGCUUCAAGGGACAUGGGCCGGUCAUUCCAGCAAACUCGUGCCUCCUCCAAAGAAGGGAGCUGAUGUGCAACCAGAAGCCGCGGUGAAUGAUGCGAAGGCGGAGAAAUGUGAAUGCCAAGGUGACAGCGAGGACGAACUUAUUGAUGCCAGGACUGUGUGCAUGACAUACUUGCAGCAACUGGAAGGAACUUUCAAGCCGCUUCCAGCUGGCUCGUUUGGCAGAAAGUGUCCUUUGCAGUGCCUGGUGUGCACUUCUCCGACGUGGCCAACGGGGCAAGUCUUGGAAUUGAGCAGGUGGACGGUUGACUGUGCAAGGCACUUUGUGGCUCAGCAUUGUGACAGUAUGAAGCACCAAAGGGCUUUGGCGAAGCUGCAGGCUGGCCAUAUCCAGGUGGAACAUGUCGAUUGCCAAGGCCUUUGCGUCAACGACGAAGAAAGGGCAUGCCAUCUUUACCGAUUCAGAGAGGAAUUCAGGCUCUGGGCGGUUCACUCGAACUUUGAGGGGUCAGCCAAGCAUUCGUACCACCUGGACAAGAACAAAGAUGCCUGGUUUGUCAAGUCCUAUCAUUGUCUGGGAACGGUUGAGAAGAGCCACAUGGACUUCCAGACCUGUGCAAAAUGCCUUGAGCUUGGAACAUCUCAUGGAGUGGCCAGGAAUGCGAAGCGGUUUGCAAGAAAGUACCAUGUUGCUCAACUACUUUCUGCUAGACUCUUUCAGGGGGAAAAGGAGGCGGAAGAACUCAAGAACCAGGUGUAUCAGACCGAGAUCUACAAGAGCGGUGACAAGAGGUUCACAGAAAUCCUCAAGCAGCGGGUGCCAAAUCAGCAGCAGUGGGUGCGAGCAUCCUUCCUCUGCGACGGCAAUGCCACCCCUGAGCUCCAGCGCUUUAUUGACGUGGUGGUGAAGCCUGCUAUCUCAAUCAGCACCACAUCAGUUCCUGAACAGAUGGUAGGGGUCAUGGGGCGCUACAUGUCCAUCUUGACGGGCUCGGAAGCUUCCGAGCAGGAUGUUGCCAACAUGCGCAUUGCCUGCUCGGCAUUGGCUGGUGAGCUGGAUCAGCAUCCUCUGGUCCAAGGACUUGCAUUGCAAGCACGGAGACUGGUUGAGAAGAAGAAGCGUGGCAUAACCAGCUUACAGGGACGCAGGUCUUUGGAGACAGAUAGGGAGGCUGCAUUAAUAGCUGAUGCAGGGCUGACGCUCAGCUUACAUGCUGCCAACUUGUCCCUUGCACGGGAGUUCGGCAUUGCUGCAUCCCAUUGCCGCAUAUCUUUAGAUAUGCUGCCCCAGCAUUCUUUGCCCAUGGCAGCCCUGGCAUUGAACUUUGAGAACGUUUUGAAGGAAAACUUCAUGCUGAUUGAUCAAAGAUACCCAAAGGCUCCCGAAGCUCCUCGAGGAGUCUUGGCUCGCCGUUUCAUGAUGGCUUUCGAUUGCACGUAUCUAACCACGACGUUGUCACAGCUACAACUCCAUUCCCAAAGGGGAAUGGUUGGCGGAAUGUGGUUUCCCGACCAAAUGGAGAAUUCUUUCUUGAGCCUAGACAACCCGAUCGACAUGAAGAAGGUCUUGAAAGCUUCGACCAUGCUGGAAGUCAUUGUCUGGGAUCCCAGUCUUCGCCGAAAACUUCCCAUCCCAAUUGCUUCACUCCCAGUGCAGCACAAUUUCAGCGGCUCAGGCGCGUCCCAUCGAGGGUGCUACUACAUGCUGAGAACGAUUGGGAAGAUCAUGGCGCAAAACAAUGGCACUGUGAAAGGCCUUUUGUUUGAUGCACAUGGCUCACAUAUGUAUGUGCGUCGCUGCUUGCAUGGCCAGUUUGAUGGACUAUGCCGGGAAGAUUUUUCUGACAUCGAGUUCUUUGGGGAUUUGGUGUAUGAGCCAGUUCCUGAGCAUGGGCUGCCGCGCUUUCCCAUCUCCAUUGCGAAGUACAAGAACGAAGUUGUUUGGGGCCUAUGUGGAAUUUGCCCCUCGACGUUGUACUAUGGCAAGUUUUGGUGCGACAUGACAGGUUGCCGAGAACAUAACAUGCCACCAGCAGUGCUUGCAAGAGAAUGCCCCAUGAGCGAUAAGCUCAAUGCUAUGUUCUCGAAUCCGUGGUAUUUUGUUGUGGAAGAUGACGGGCCCCUGGAAGACAUGCGCAUUCCUUGGAGCUUGAAGGGUGCCUUUCUGCACAAUUUGUUUGUGGGGAUGAAUUUGGUUCCUCUUCUACAUCGAGAUCUUCCACUGGCCAGCCGGUGCGAAAUUGGGGUAAGCGGCUUUGUUGGUCUUGACUUGAUGCGCAUGCUGGCGGAAAUCCUCGGCAAGAAACUUGGCGCCCCCACUGGGAGCACAUUUAUGGCAUCCCAAACGACUGGGAACUUACAGGCUGCGUGCCUGAGCGGCAUUCUUGUCGCCGUGACAAAAGAUGUGCAUUUCAACCCCUGGCAAUUUGGCCAGGUGCGCCUUUCAGAGUUGCCAAUUGAGGAACACUUCAGCUUCUGCCGAAGACAGAGCGCCAACAGCCAAUUAUCGGCGAGAGCCUUUUGGCAGGCAGCCGCCAGAGUUUCCUUGCGAAAUGGAAAGCUCUUGAGUCAGGAGAGCGCCCCCAAGGUGACUGGUGAGAAGCCUUUGACCAAUGCAGAGUUCAAGGUAAGCUGCGAGAGGGGAUACCGAGCGGCACUUGCCCUCGCUGCAUUUUGCAGUGGCUACACAGAAUCGUGGAUUGAAGAGACCUACAAGAAGUGGUGCGAGAGCUCGGAUACCAUCACAGCGGGCGAGGAUGAGAUGGCAGAGGACGAGCUCAUGGAGCAAUGCAUGGCAGGUCAGCCUGCUGAGCCUGCAGGGGGUGAGGAGGACAAUGAGUGUCAGAAGAUCUUGGAGCAGACUUUGACCGAGACCCCAUUUGUGGAUCCAGAUGAAGAUGGGGAGCCAAAAGUUCCACAUGAGGACAUUGAACUGGCCUUUGAAAAGGUGACAGACAAAGAGGACUUGGAAAAGCUUUUCCAUGCUUCACAAGAUGAUCCACAUGUCAGUGGCUCGAACAAAGCAGACCUUCGAGAGAAGCUGCCUGGCACCUUGUUGGAGGCCAUGACGGCACCAGGCGACCGUUUCAAUGCCCUUUGGAGGUUUGUCUUGCGUCUUCGCACUGCUUGUGGAGGUGUGGACACAAAAUGGCUGAUCAAUGCUCGUAAUGCGAGAAAGUCGAGCAAAAAGUUGAACUGGCACCAGCACAACGAGAUGAUCAUAGCUCGUGCACGUGCUGAACAAGAAACACCGCAGUAUCGAAGCAGAGCCAGCAGAUUGACGAAGUGGCGAGAGUUGGUGAUUCAAGCUCAACGGGAUUUGCAGUUGCCUGCGGAGGCACCUGACCGGAUCAUGCCAGGGAAUGUGGUUUUGUUCCACUUGGCCGGUGCCAAGGGCAACGCUGGCAUAGAGCUCGGGUUCAUCCUCACUUGCUGGCGCGGCAUCAAGAGCCCCAAGGUGCAUGCAGGUGAAGUGAACGUCAACUCGUGUGUGGCUUUCCGGGCAGUAGCCCUGGACCUAGUGGAUCAGGAGCGGAGCAAUGAGUGGUUUUGCGAGUCCACCUCCAUUGCAUGGGUGGUGCGCAUGGAGUCAUUGGUAUCAAUCCUCGAUGUCGAAUCAUGUGAGCAAUCUUCUGAUGGCUCUGACCGGGUGAAAAUCACUUUGAGUGAAGCUUCAGCAGCAGUGCUUGAAAAAGUGCCCACGUUGAAGAAGUGGACAGUAAGUCCGCCAAUGACGCGAGGAGCCAGAUUGGCAGCACAGAAGGCAUCUGAAGCAGAAGAAGGUCCAAAGAACAAAGGGAAAACAACCAAAACGAAGACUGUGAAACUGCACGUGAAGCAUCCCAAGGUGAAGAAAGACAAGAAGUCAAAGCCGGUGAUCCCCAUUGGAGACCACACUGCAGAUUCGAUCCGUCGCAACGGGAAGGGCAGAGCUGCUGUGGCUGACCUCAUGACAGCGAUCAUUGAAGCUGAUCAGAAGAGUUUUCCAGCUUCCCCUGCUUUCCAUGCGGCAGAAGGGUUUUGCAGAAUGGACUUUGAAGGAGCCAAGGACAUCACCCGUGCCAUGGUGAUUGAGAAUUCCCCGCAGGCUUUUGAAUCGAUGUACCUGUAUGUGAAGGGUUCUUCGGCCUAUGGAAAGGCCGUGUGGCGCCAUCUUUGCAGCGUGAAGCAGAACCUCGAGAAAGAUGAGCCAAAGCGUGGGCCCUUUCUGAGACUCGUGAAGGAAAUUGCAGAGUACAUCCAGUGUGCACAAAAGAAAGCUCCAAGUGUUUAA